ACUCAAGAGACCACUAGUGAUGAUGACGGGUGGGCGAAAGCCAAGAGGGAGCUGGAGGUGGAACCCGACCAGGGGAGGUUGGAGCUGGGCGGCGCUUCGCUUCCCGCAGAGCUUGGAGUUCUCCCUCCCUCCCGGAGUCGGGUCGAGCUGCAGCAGCGGCGCCCUCUGCCUGCUGGUAGCCGGCGGAAGUGCAAGACCGGAAAUUGCGUGAUCCGCCGGCGCCGGCACGGUGGGUAGAGAGAGGCCUCGCAGAGUUCGGAGGUGCUGCCAUGACUUCCACUGGGGUUGGCGUGAACCCUGCGGGCUCGUCAAAUGAAGCUCCCGAAAUUCCAGACAACGUGGGAGAUUGGCUUCGGGGCGUCUACCGCUUUGCUACCGAUAGGAAUGACUUCCGGAGGUAA